AUGUUGCGUUGACUGUUGAUGAUUGAUGAAUUUCUGACCACAAGACGCGAGCCCAGUCAUAAUCGACUGUGAUUCUGUGCCUUGACCUGCUACAGUACCGAGAUUAGGUUAGCUCAGCUAGAUGGCCGGGCGUUUGAGGAAAGCUCUUGUUGGAAGCCUUUGUGCUCGGAAACACCGUCAAAUGUUGACCUCGGUUAUAUCAACGAGAUUGAUGCGCGGGUUUUCCAUGGAGGCAAUAAUCAACCUCCAAUCUCUCCUCAUCUCAAGUGACUCGGCAAAGUAUAAUGUUCAGUCAGAGGAUGUGCCCAUUCAAGUGGGUGAGGGCAGUUCACAAUAGGCCCUCGGAGAGUGUCCGUCUGAAGAGUGCCUGUCUGGUAGCUGGGUGAAAGACCUCGCACCAACAAGGUACUCUACCCAGGCUCUGCGAAAAGCAGAGCCCGGUUGGGUCAGAAAAAGGUAGAUAUGUAAUUCGAACAAGGUGCAAAUUCAUAAACAUGACCAACCAGGGCUGUGUUUGACUGAAACCACGGCUUCCCUGCUGGUAC